GGGCUGGCGGUUCCUCCCCACCGCCGGGAGGCGCUGUCGGUGGCGGUAGCCUCCCCCGCGCCGCUGCGGCCGGGACUGGGCCGGAGGGCGAUGUUUCCUGUUUCCAUGCCCGGAGCCUGAGCGCUAGGCCGCAGACCCGCAAUGGCUGAUUCUUGUUUCCAGUGUGACCCAGAUUUCUGCCCCGAGUGUGGAACAAUCCUGCCGCUCCCUGGACCUGAGGACUACGUUGUGUGUCGCAAGUGUGAUUUUCAAAUCAGUGUGCACAAGUUCGAAGGAACAGAGAUCCACACGGAAAUGGUGUUUAACUAUCCAGAAGUCAUGCAGUUAAACCUGGCGGCUGAGGAUGAGGACGGGGAUCUCAAGGGGCCUGUGGUGGAGCGGAAGUGCUCGCGGUGCGGACAUGAAGGGAUGGUGUAUCAUACGAGGCAAACCCGCUCGGCAGAUGAAGGGCAGACAGUGUUCUACACGUGCAUGAGCUGCAGGUACCAGGAAAAGGAGGACUCCUAGCCGGAGUGCGGGGAGAGCUCAAAGUGUGCGGUGAGACCUGGGACUAGUUUUCCAGAGACUUGCUGUAGCAGUGAGUCUCCCACACUGACAUACACACACACAGUGAGGCAUGGAGACAGCUGGCUAUGACUGCCAUUGGAACCAACAUGCUCUGAUGCGCCGAAUAGACUGACUACAUUUCAAAGGCACUAUAUCUCUCCUUCCUUUAUUUAAUCUUCCCUCUUUCCUUCCUUCCCGCCCAUUCCCCUCUCUUCCAUCCACUCUUAAACCCCCAUCAUCGUCCUUCCUUUCUGCUUUCCUUCUCCUUCCUCCACCUCUCCCUUACUCCCUCUUCUCUCUCCCUCCACCCAUAUGACGUCCCAUUCCAGAUUGUGUAAAUGAGCAAACCAGAUUUAGACUAAGAAUCUGUGGAGCGGUCGCGCAGUGGUGGCUCAACCGGGGAUUCAUGUGUAAUAAACAGAGCUUCAUGCA